AUGGCGCGGCCGGACGAUGGCGCCGCGAUGCCGCUGCGCGUGCAAGCGGCCGCGGCGGCGUCGCUCCUCCUCGACGGUCACCCCCCCGAGGACAUCGGAAAAGCCGCGGCGAUGGCGAACCCCGAGGCCGGCGAGUGGGCGCCGAGACAGAUGGCGACGCUGUUGGACGCGAUGAUGCGGAUCCUCUCUGAUGAGACGCCGUCCGCGGGCGACGGCAUCAUCGCGGACGACGCGCGCGACGACGACGACGCCGGCGGCGGUAUCGUCGGUAUCGGCGGCGGCGACGGGGACCAGUCGGGCUGCGGGUGGUGGGACCCCGAGGCGCUCGCGCGCGUCCUCGUCGCGAUGUGCGGCGACGACGCGCGCGGCGCGAGGACGACGCGGAUCUCGCGCGAUCGCGACGGCGGCGGCGGCGAGCCUCUGCCCCCGCGCGACGUCGCGACGCUCGCGCACGUCCUCGUCGUCGACAUGGCGUGGUCGCCGGCGUCCGUGGGGGACCUCCUGUGGUGCCUGCACGCCGCGCAGGCGACGAUGAGCGGGCCGUGCGUCGCGCCGGAGCGCGUCGAGGACGCGGCGGACGUGAUCCUGGAACUGUCGCGCGCGCGCGCGAUUCGAGGAGGCGGAUGCGGCUGGAGCAAGGAAGACGCGACCGCGCUGCUCCCGCGUCUUCUUCCCAAGCGCGACUGGGACGCGCGCGGGCUGGCGGGAUUGUCCGCGGUUGGCGGGUGCGCGCUGUUCGCCGCAGCGUUGGCCGCGGGAGGGAGACGCGCGGUGACGUCGGACGGCGGCGGCGGCGGGGGCGGCGGCGCGGGGACGACGAGACGCCGCGACGGCGACGGCGGAGAGUACCCCACGACGCGCGGCGACGACGGCGAGGGGGGGAGCGGGGGGUGGGGGGUGGUCGACGUCGCGAUGGCGCUGCGCGCGAUGCUGGAAGAAGACGACGACGACGAAGACGACGACGAAGACGAUGACGAAGAGGAAGAGGAAACGCGCGCGGCCGUCUCGCGCGCGACGCUCGACGACGCGUCGACGUCCGCGCCGACGCUCGGCCCUGCGCGCGAUGCGCGCCUCCCUCGCAAGGGCGGCUGGACCGCCGCCGCGAUCGCGCGCGUCGCCGCGGAACUCACCGCGCGCUACGGCUGGGACGACGGCCCGGCCGCCGCGCUCGUGAUCGAGACGCUCGGGUGGGAGGCGUCGACGCCGGACGCGGCGGCGGAUGCCGUGCACGUCGCGCGCGCCGGCGACGACGGCGCGCGCGUCCGCUGGAGCCACGCGCGGUGCGCGGCGCUCCUGCUUCGCAUGCACGGCGACGCGGAGGAGGAGCUGGACGUCGCCGGGUUCGUGUCGCCGGUCGCGCAUCGGUUGGCGUCGGCGUGGGCGUGGCGCGCGUCGGACGUCGUGAAGGUUCUCGAGGCGCGUUCUACACACUGGUCCCCAUACGACCGCGUCGGCGUGGUGAACGCCGAGCUCGCGGCGUGGGACGCGGACUCCGCCGCGGCGCUGGUCGGGCGCUUACCGGUGUGCGAUCCCCCCACGUGGAGUGACGACGCGAUCGCGACGCUGCUGAGCGGUCUGAUGCGGUGGCGAGGGAGGGAGCGCGCGGACGCCGCGGUCGUCGCCGUCGCGCUCAGGCGGCGGGAUCCGAGGUGGAACGGCGGCGGCGUCCUCGGCGACGUGCUCGACGUCGCGGAGGGGGGCGUGGACGACCUCGUGCGAGAGGUGGCGUCGAUUCAGGUCGCGGAGGUGAUAGAAGAUGAGGGAGAAGGGGAAGAAGGUUUCUUUCGGUGGCCGCCGGAGCCGCCGGUGGAGGUCGCGGUGGUGGACGACGGGUACUCCGCGGACGCGGAGUGA